UACACUGACAUUUCCAAUGUAUCCAUUGCCAAUAAAUAAAUAAAAAACACUGACAUUUCUUUCCAAACCAAAAUACCUAUUUUUAAAUUUAUUAGUUUCUAAGUUUAAGUUUAAUUUUUUAAUGGGUACAUAAAUAAAAAGUAAGCAAAGUAGCUAUUCUCGAAGGUGUUUUUAAGAAUAGAUACAUAAUAUAAUACAUAUUGAAGGUAAUAAUAAAUUUGGUUAAAAUUUCUCGUUCGCUGUGCCUUUAUAAAUAUUACUAAUCUCCGUACUCCGUAAAAGGGGAAUAACCGCUACCUACUUAUUUUUUUCAAUUUUCACUAAACAAGCCACUGCGAUUUAUUUGAAGGUUGUACCAAUUACAACGAGUAGGUGUAAGCACUGACAAACUUCUCAGCCUGUGCUUGCAGUAACCGUCUUUACACAAGUUUGUAUAUAUAUUUUGACAGGACCUACAUAGUAUACAAUUAUUUCUUGAAGAAAGAAAAAUACUCGUCAACAUUUUAAGUAGAUCUCACCAUGAAGACAGCUGUGACUGUGCUGCAGGAGAUGAUGGUGAAAAUGAGUCAGAUCCCUGACUACGAAUGUAUAUCGCAGUCAGGGCCUGAGCACCAGGCGAUGUUUGAGUACCGGUGCGCGGCUCUGGGGGCUAUGGUGACGGCCCAGGCGCGCUCCAAGAAGGAAGCCAAGCAGGAGGCCGCGCGCCUCAUGCUGCGCGCGCUCGCGGCCCGGGGACACUUGGUGCCCGCGCCCUACGGCCUGCACGACCGAGCGCCGGACGGAACGGGCGGGCCGGCAGUGGAGGCAGGGGCGGGGGUGGGGGUGGGGGCUCGACAGACGGGGCAGGGUGGGGAGGCGGGGGGCAGUAGCAGCAGUGUCUCGGGCGGGUCGCGCAGCUACGUAGCGCUGCUGCAGGAGCUGGGGACGGAGUACCGCCUGCCGGGGGUGGAGUACACGCUGGUGGGGGACACGGGCCCGCCCCACCUGAGGCACUUCACGGUGCAGGCGCGAGUGGGGCACCGCACCAGCGAGGCCACCGCCACCACCAAGAAGGCGGCGCGACAGAAGGCCGCCGAGCAACUAUACACCUAUCUGAGGGAGAACCUGGCCAGGCUCACCGCUGACUUUGUUGAGGAGGAAGCCCUAGUGCGCGCGCACGAAAAAGCCAUGGAGCGCUACCUGGAGUCCCGCGAGGAGACGCGGCGCCCCGACCUGGGCCAGACGAUCGCCGACUACCACCUAGGUUUGGUCACUCACAUCGAGGCGGACAAGUGCUCGGAAUCGCUGCGACAGCUGGAACUGGGUGGAGGGGAAGAGCUGGAGCGAAUGCUGCGUGUGCUGGGGCUCAACAUGCAGGAGUCGGUAUUGUCGGGCGGAGUUCACGUGGUCCGCAUCGACGCGCAGCCCCCGCUCGCAUUCGCGGGCAAUGACCCCGAGCUGCCGCGCGCCGCCGCGCUGCGAUACCUGCGCCGGGCUCUCGCACAAAAACCGCCCUCAUCUGCCUCUACCACCAGCUCCACCACUGGAUAGAUUGUACCGCCUUCUGUUAUAAUAAAUGUAAACAUAUUAAAUACCCUAGAUACACCACUUGCGCUCAAAAUGUGUCCCAAUCGAGAAGUGCUCUCGAGCGCUUCUUUGUUCGCAGUCCCGCGCGGACCGUUGAAAAGAUACCGCAGAGCUCUAUGAAAAAAUAUGAAAACAAUAUAUUGUUUUAAACUUUCAUGGUCACUAACAUUAUAGUAAUAUAAGUUAUAUACGGGAUUGUUACCACGUACCUUUGUUCACUGUUGCAAGCGCCAUGACCACGAUCAGUAACUCUCAGUUACUCCGUGAUCAUGGCGCUUGCAACAGUGCCGAAAUAUCGGAAAUUCGCUAAAAACAAGGUACAUGGUAACAAUCCCGUAAAUAACUUAUAUUACUAUAAUAUGAAAAAAUACUUAUAGUACGUUAAGUGUCGUAUUUUCGACAGGUGUUUAAACAAUGUUUGUUAAUUUAACGCAUUUGAAGCAAUUUUUGUUCUGAUACGUCCUAUAAAAUGACUUAACAGAAAAUAUUUGUAAUAUUCAAAUGCAUGGACGGUAGUAUAGCCGUCUCUUUCCCUCGCGGUCCGCACCUGCUAUUUUGCUAACAGCUCAAAAUUGCGUGUAGAGUCAAAAGAAAUAAGGUCUAUAUUCUUCCGCAUAUAGCAGUAAGCCGUAAAAUUUUACGAACUGUAUUUCGAACUGUCGUGUCUUUUUGACGUACGCGUUUUAAUUAAAACCUUAUACAGUAUGAGUUAAAGGUGACUUUCAAUGAUUUAAUAAUGCGAUAUAUUGUUUUUGACUACGCGAUCGUCUCAGCUCCGUGGAUCAUUCAAUGUACCUUUUGGACAGGUUUCGGCCACGAUUUUGUUCGUGUUGGUGUAUCUGGGGUAUUUAAUAUCGUUGAAUAAAUGUAUAUAUAACUG